AUGGAGAUCGCGGCGACGCGAAAGCAAACCCAAAUGGAGAUCCAGUACCGCGACACCCUCCUUGGCGACAUCCGCUCCGCCUUCGACAAAGCUGUGGAAGCCCUGCCGCAUGAGCAUCUUCGCGCCCCGUUACUGGUGACGAGGCGAACGACCCUGAGGAGCCCUUCGCUGGUUCCAAGACUAUGCCUUCACCCAGGGUUUCGCUCUCGUCACUACCAGCAAGGCACGCGACCGCCUCCGAAGGGAGGGGACCGAAAGAAGGAGCUCACCUACGUCAAGGCAAAGGACUGUCCCUACAGUCUUUAUGUCUCCUACAAAACUAUCCGGAGCGGAGGGGUAGAGGAGCGAAAGGGCUGGGUGGUCGGUUUCACCUACGCAUGCCAUACGCACCCGCCACUUCAAAAUCCCUUCCAUUACGCCUGCCAUAGAUCCCGUAUCCCAGAGCGGGCCGCAGCAGUCGAUCUGGCCCUCGCGCAUCGGACUGCCGGCCUGUCGGCGACUGAAUUAACCCGGAUUCUCGACCAACACGGCUUAGGCAAUUGUCUUUCCGCAAAGGAGUUCUACAACCUGAGUCGGUCUGAAGGAAGACGCAGCAGUCAAGAAGCGCUUGACCUCUUGCUUACUUGUUUGGAGUUCGAAGACUUCCGCGUUCGUUGCUUCUUCAAGUACCUUCUCGACGACCAAGGACGACGGACAGCGCGGGUACUCGAGCACCUGUUCUUCUGUUCUUCCGAGCAGAUCCGCCUGGGUAGAAGAUUCGUCAGCGGAUUCCUCAUGCAAACCGAUGCGACGUUCAACACCAAUUGCCUCCACCUGCCUUUAUCUGUCAUAGUGGGAAUCACAAACACAGGCAAGAAAUUCCUCUGGCUUUCGCCUUUAUAA